GGGCCGAAAGGGAGGAGGGUUAGUCCGCGCCAGGCGGGUGCUCGGGCUCGGGAGCCUGGCGGCUGCUGAGGCUGAGGGGAGGAGCUGAAGGCAGCGGUCGCGGCUCCCGCCCGCACUGAACGCUCAUCCCGCGAAGCCCCCUCCCACACUCGGGAGGGCGGCGGCGGCGGGAGGAGGAGGAGAAGGAGGAGGGAGCGUCUCUGCCGCCGCCUCCUGGUCCCCAGCGCGGAUCAGCCGCCACCACCUCCCUUCGCGACGAUCCUCCCUCCAUGGUGCUGCCGCGGCCCCCCCUGUAGCCCGAGCUGCCCCGCGCCGCGCCGGAGCCGGUCUCGGGCAGAGGGAGCGGUCGCGGCCUCGCGGCCCGCGCGGGCUGACGAGCGGAGAGUGCGGCGCUUCGCGGUCCCCGAGGGUCCGCACGCCCCGGCAGCGCGGUCGCCAGCCACCGCGCGAGGAGCAGCGGGCGGGCGGGCGGCGCCGGGCCCGGGCCGCCCUCGCUCCCACGCCCCGGCCCCGCCGCCCGCGCCGGGGCGGCAGCCGGCAGAGGAAAGGCGCUGCAGUCUCCGGGCCUCACGGCCCCAGUCGAGCUUCCUCAGCACCGAGGGCUUGCGGGUCCUGAGUGGAGGACACGAGCCCGGAGCCGGGCACUGAGCUCUUGGGCGCCCCCAACCCAGUUUUCAGAACCCUCCACGCUGCGGCCGCUGUCCCCUUCGGACCAUGGCCGACGACGACGUGCUGUUCGAGGAUGUGUACGAGCUAUGCGAGGUGAUCGGCAAGGGUCCCUUCAGUGUUGUACGGCGAUGUAUCAACAGAGAAACUGGGCAACAAUUUGCUGUAAAAAUUGUUGAUGUAGCCAAGUUCACAUCAAGUCCAGGGUUAAGUACAGAAGGUAAGAGAUGGAUUUCAAAUCUAAAGCGGGAAGCCAGUAUCUGUCAUAUGCUGAAGCAUCCACACAUUGUAGAGCUGUUGGAGACAUAUAGCUCAGAUGGGAUGCUUUACAUGGUUUUUGAAUUUAUGGAUGGAGCAGAUCUGUGUUUUGAAAUCGUAAAGCGAGCUGAUGCUGGUUUUGUAUACAGUGAAGCUGUAGCCAGCCACUACAUGAGACAGAUACUGGAAGCUCUGCGCUACUGUCAUGAUAAUAACAUAAUUCACAGGGACGUGAAGCCCCACUGUGUUCUCCUUGCCUCAAAAGAAAACUCGGCACCUGUUAAACUUGGGGGCUUUGGGGUGGCCAUUCAGUUAGGAGAAUCUGGACUUGUUGCUGGAGGCCGCGUUGGAACACCUCACUUUAUGGCCCCAGAAGUGGUCAAGAGAGAGCCUUACGGAAAGCCUGUGGAUGUCUGGGGCUGUGGUGUGAUCCUUUUCAUCCUGCUCAGUGGCUGUUUGCCUUUCUACGGAACCAAGGAAAGAUUGUUUGAAGGCAUUAUUAAAGGAAAAUAUAAGAUGAAUCCAAGGCAGUGGAGCCAUAUCUCUGAAAGUGCCAAAGACCUAGUACGCCGCAUGCUGAUGCUGGAUCCUGCUGAAAGGAUCACUGUUUAUGAAGCACUGAAUCACCCAUGGCUUAAGGAGCGGGAUCGUUAUGCCUACAAAAUCCAUCUUCCAGAAACAGUAGAACAACUGAGGAAAUUCAAUGCAAGGAGAAAACUAAAGGGUGCAGUACUAGCUGCUGUGUCAAGUCACAAAUUCAAUUCCUUCUAUGGGGACCCUCCUGAAGAGUUGCCAGAUUUCUCCGAAGACCCUACCUCCUCAGGACUUCUAGCAGCAGAAAGAGCCGUCUCUCAGGUGCUGGACAGCCUGGAAGAGAUUCACGCACUUACAGACUGCAGUGAAAAGGACCUAGAUUUUCUACACAGUGUUUUCCAGGAUCAACAUCUUCACACACUGCUGGAUCUGUAUGACAAAAUUAACACAAAGUCUUCGCCACAAAUCAGGAAUCCUCCAAGUGAUGCAGUACAGAGAGCCAAAGAGGUAUUGGAAGAAAUUUCAUGUUACCCUGAGAAUAAUGAUGCGAAGGAACUAAAGCGUAUUUUAACACAACCUCAUUUCAUGGCCUUACUUCAGACUCAUGAUGUAGUGGCACAUGAAGUUUACAGUGAUGAAGCAUUAAGGGUCACACCUCCCCCGACUUCCCCCUAUUUAAACGGUGAUUCUCCAGAAAGUGCAAACGGAGACAUGGACAUGGAGAAUGUGACCAGAGUUCGGCUGGUACAGUUCCAAAAGAACACGGAUGAGCCAAUGGGAAUCACUUUGAAAAUGAAUGAGCUAAAUCAUUGUAUUGUCGCAAGAAUCAUGCAUGGGGGUAUGAUUCACAGGCAAGGUACACUUCAUGUUGGUGAUGAAAUCCGAGAAAUCAAUGGCAUCAGUGUCGCUAACCAAACAGUGGAACAGCUACAGAAAAUGCUUAGGGAAAUGCGAGGGAGUAUUACCUUCAAGAUUGUGCCAAGCUACCGCACUCAGUCUUCGUCCUGUGAGAGAGAUUCCCCCUCCACUUCCAGACAGUCCCCUGCUAAUGGUCAUAGCAGCACUAACAAUUCUGUUUCGGACUUGCCAUCAACCACCCAACCAAAAGGACGACAGAUCUAUGUAAGAGCACAAUUUGAAUAUGAUCCAGCCAAGGAUGACCUCAUCCCCUGCAAAGAAGCUGGCAUCCGGUUCCGAGUUGGUGACAUCAUCCAGAUUAUUAGUAAGGAUGACCACAACUGGUGGCAGGGUAAACUGGAAAACUCCAAAAAUGGAACUGCAGGUCUCAUUCCUUCUCCUGAACUUCAGGAAUGGCGAGUAGCUUGCAUUGCCAUGGAGAAGACCAAACAAGAGCAGCAGGCCAGCUGUACUUGGUUUGGCAAGAAAAAGAAGCAGUACAAAGAUAAAUAUUUGGCAAAGCACAACGCAGUGUUUGAUCAAUUAGAUCUUGUCACAUAUGAAGAAGUAGUCAAACUGCCAGCAUUCAAAAGGAAAACAUUAGUCUUAUUAGGUGCACAUGGUGUUGGAAGAAGACACAUAAAAAAUACCCUCAUCACAAAGCACCCGGACCGGUUUGCGUACCCUAUUCCACAUACAACCAGACCUCCAAAGAAAGAUGAAGAAAAUGGCAAGAAUUAUUACUUUGUAUCUCAUGACCAAAUGAUGCAAGACAUCUCAAAUAACGAAUACUUGGAGUAUGGCAGCCAUGAGGAUGCAAUGUACGGGACAAAACUGGAGACCAUUCGGAAAAUCCAUGAGCAGGGGCUGAUUGCGAUUCUGGACGUGGAGCCUCAGGGAUUGGAAAAAUCUUCUGGCCAGGGGUGGCUAGAGGCAAAGUCUCAAUCCUGGUCCUGGUCUUCGACAUCCUCUCCUUGGGUUCCACACUGGUCUUCACCUGAACGUCGUUUUCUGCUGGCACUGAAGGUCCUGAGGACUGCAGAGUUUGCUCCUUUUGUUGUCUUCAUUGCGGCGCCAACUAUCACUCCAGGUUUAAAUGAGGAUGAAUCUCUUCAGCGCCUGCAGAAGGAGUCCGAUGUCUUGCAGAGAACAUAUGCACACUACUUCGAUCUCACAAUUAUCAACAACGAAAUUGAUGAGACAAUCAGACAUCUGGAAGAAGCUGUCGAGCUUGUGUGCACAGCCCCACAGUGGGUCCCAGUCUCCUGGGUCUAUUAGGCUUCUCCUUGGCUAUCUGAGUAUAAAACUGGGAGCCACCUCCUACGUGGAAAAAGCCUCUUUGUUAUCGGCCUUGUGUCAGCAGGUCGUGGUCCCUAGAGACUACCUAGUUGUAGUGUGACCUACAUUUAUAAUUAUUGUCAUGUCCGAAUAGAUAGGAGGAGAAAAUCAAUUACACACUAAUUUAAAGAGACAGUAUCUUUUUUAAUCAGUUCUCCUAAACUUUAAUAAAAUGUAUCUUUAAAUGUAUGUAUUAUUCAAUCCUUUGGAAUGUUAUAUUUUUGGAAAUCAUAGCUUUUUAUUUCCAAGGCCCCUAAAAACUGCACAAAAUAGAUGCUGCUUUCUAUAAUCUAUUUUAAUAAUAAUAAACAAUGAUUCUGUUACCUUGACUGGGGGUGGAACACUACAUUCUUUUUAGAGUCUGAUUUUAUGGAUUGGAAUACCUUUCUUUCCUUUAUUUAUUUGAAAUGAUUAGUCUAGUGAUUACAAAACAGUCAUAAAUUUUUAAAGGCCUGUUUUCUCUCUUUUUUUAAGUCCUUUAUGUAACAUGCGGAUACUGUGAUACUGUCUCUUUGAAGCACCCUGUAAACCUUUUAGAGAUUUGAAGUUGGGUCUUGACUCUUAAUGCAUGUGGACAGUCGCGAGCGUUUAUGCUGUCGGUGUGUCUGUGUUGGACAAAACAAUCUGUAAUUACAGCCAAGUACAUUCCGUUCACGGGGCACACCCAGGGGAGUAAGAAUAAAUUGCUAUUAUGACUAAGUUGUAAACCUAUGCACAUCCCUUGCAUUUCGGGCAACUUUAUAAAACAGAAAAAAAAAACCUGAUUUUUAUUAAUAAUAAUCAUGUAGUGAAAUGUGUUUGUAAUUUUGUCUCAAUUUAAUUUGUUGUAAGGUGGGAGGGGGUAUUGCUGGUUUCGCCAUUUCAGAUCUGUGUUGUCUAAGAGUAUUAACGUUUUAAUUAAGCAAAGAAAUGCGGAUUUUUAAUCUGUAUGUAAUUGUUUUAAGCACCCAUUUAAAGAGAAUAUACUGUGCAAUGAAGAAACCAGUUUAGGCAUUUGCUACAAACUGAAUUAUUCCAAAAGAAUAAUCUAUAACAGCCCUGUAAAUUCCUUUAAAAUGAUAACUAACAGGACAGUCUGACCAUUUUUUUUAAAUAUACUUCAUUGUAUGUGUUCAAUAAUUAAAUGCCUUUGGGUCCUUCAUUUCAUUAUAGAUUUGUUCAGGUCCAAGCUGGUAAUCUUUUAAGUUCUAAAAUUUGUUAGAUGCUCACUGACCCAUCGAAGGCCCAGGAAUAAGUAUCGGUUGGUAGGGCAACAAAGCAGCCUGCCAGGGCACAGCUUGGACCACAUGUGACUCACAAGGCCACCUGUGGUCUCUCCUUCCUCUUGCUCUAUCCCUUGGCACAGGGGAGUCACCUGUCCUUGUUGCUUUAAAAGCAUUCACCAUGUCAUCCCCCGCCAUGCUGUCAGAAUCACUAGAGGAGGCCCAGGCUGGGGUUCUCAGACUGCCAGAGGUCACUAGAGUGUUGCCCCUUCAUGGAUGAGAGAACAGGGCACUGACAUGACUCUGGUCCUUGGAAACACACCAUCGUUUUCAUUUCUUCAGGGUUAGCUGGCCUCCAUCACUUUGUGCCUUGGCAGAAUGAGUUCUGGCCUGAACAGCUCCUCUUAGGCACUGAACAGAGAAGGCAUUUUUGUGUUCAUACUCCUCUCCUGUUUUCAGCAUCUCACCCUUCCCAACUAUUAUUACAUGAUACCAUUUGGUUUCUGUUUGUAGACCAUUCUUUGUCAGUGCCCAGAUGGUCACAACUUACCAACAAGAUACUGUGAGAAUAACUUGUGUUCGGUCCCACAAGUAAGGGUGGCCUAACAGCACACCAGAGACAGACUCAACAGUGAGCUCUUGCUAGGUGGAGGGAGAAAACUUCAGGAGUUGCUUAGGGCUGUGUAGUGCUGACCUCGAUCCUAAUCAGUGCCCAGGCCAGACAUCAUUACUGCAGUAGUACUGAGCAUAAGGCACCCUUUUCAGUGGCUCAGUACCUGCUCUACCUCUUCCAGUAAAGCACAACUAAGGUGUGGGAAAAAAAAGAACCAUUCCUCCCUCUGGUAGAAUCCCUUAUGCUCCACUUGCUCUUGAGAGCACAUCUCCAGAAAUGCUGGCAAGGCCUGUGUGUGACCAUCUACCACGUCCCCCCAGACAGAAUGAGCAUAGGAAAGUGAAGCCAGCUGAAGUUCAGGUGAGCACAGACUGAAAAAGGUACUCCAGGACUCGGGGACAUGGGGAACUUCUGUCCUCACUGGCCUUCUGGAGUCUGAGAGAAGAGCACUGGUGGCAUCCUUCCUGCCCUUAUACAGGUGGCGAAAGCCUGCACCUAGAACCCAGCGGCUGCCCCAGCAGCUCACCUGCUCUUCUCCACUAAUACACAGCUCUAAAGCAGUGUGCUUAUGACCUACAGGAAAACAAUCUCUGAAGUCAGAGUACUAUCAGUACAGCCGUACCCCGAGCAAUCAGAGGAAAUUGCUCAAAGCUUCUUGACUGCUUCCAUUUCAUCGGCCAGAACACACACACACACACACACACACACACACACACACACACUAGAGCAAAUUACCAGAGAUUGCUAAAUCAGUAGUCAGCUGAAAUGUUGGAAAGCCAGAGUGCAGGUCCUUUCUGCCGCCCCAGCCCUACUCCCCACAACAGGAGAAGGAGUGUUUGGAUCUCCUAAGUUCGUUGCUUAAAAGAUGAAGUGAGCUGAUUUUCUAAUCAUAAAGCAGUAAUUACUUCUCACAUGCAUCGUAUUCCUAUCUGAACACUGAAAAGGAAUGUGUCCCUCAGCUUAAUUCAUCUGGAAGUUUCCCAAUGUCGAGAUAACAUUGGAACUGCUUUAGCAGCACCCCAUCAGAGGAGAUGGCUUAAAAUAUCAGCUCAGAAAGGCAAAAGAAAGAGUUGACCUACUUCUUGCUAUUUGCAUUCAGAAGGCAGAGUCUCAGGCUAUUGGUGGCAGAAUAGAUAAAGCUGCAGAGUUCCCCAGCAAAGGAAGAGUGGCAGGAAGCGGUCCCUUCCCUAUAUCUAAGGCCUGGGGCAGGCAGGCCAAGCAUUCCUUUGAAGCUACUGUUAUCUUUUUAAGCUUUUUAUCUGUGAGUUCUGUUUUCCAAUCAGGGGUCUCUUCAUUAAGGUUACCAGGGUUUUGGUUUGUUUUUUUUUUUUUUUUUUUUUUUUUUUUUUUUUUUUUUUGCAAAAAGUUAAAUCAACUGAACCACCCUCCAGGAAAUGGGGAGCUACUCAGAAUGGAAACUGCUCCUUAAGGGUGAGGCAGCCCAAAGCAUUCUCUUGUCUCCCACUGAUGGGAUGUUCCUUUAGCAUCUCAGGUCAGUUUCUUACACGGGGGAAAAAUAAGCUUAGCUUGUCACAAACGCUAUGGAGAAAAUGGCUUGAUUAGUGAAUUCUUAAUACAAAUGUCUCCUUGGAAAGAAUAGAGGGCACACUGCUAAGCAUUCCAAAAAUCAAGCCCCUGGCAUGCCUCAUCACUUCUUGUUUCAGGUCAGCAUUCUGGUGGGUAGAUAGUGGUGGCUGUUUGUCAGAACUGAACACAGCCUGCUCCAUCUGUUCUCUUCGCAAGGAUGCUGAUGCUGAGGCACACUGAAGCCCCUGAACACAUCUUUCUUGAUGCCUCGUUUCUUCCUAUGGCUUUCAGAAGGGCUGCAUGUUCUUCUCAUCGCUGUUUUUAUUUGGGGGCACUUGCCCUUUUCUGGCCCUUUUAGAAAUAGGGUCUCCCUCUCUGUGUGGUACCACUGGCUAAGGAAACCGUACUUGGGAGGCCUCAUUUGUAAUCAGCUAUGCCUGGGCACUGCACACGUCCAUUUGCCUUAAACUUGUGGGAAGUCUCGGGUUGCCCAGCUUACAGAGUGAAGUUCAGCUCCCACAUCCAUCCGGAAGUAGGGGAAAAGAGGAAGCGCGUCCAACCUUCCUAUCUGCACUUCCUGUUGGUGCCUUCAGGCCACAGCAGCAGUAGCAGCUAUAGGCAAAGAGCAGCACCGUCUCUGGGACGGGCAUCCGCAAGUCUUAGCUGUUAGAGGGAUGGGAGAGACCAUUCCUGACUUCCCACUGUUUGUCACCCGACCCUCCAUUAACUCCCUUGAAUGAACCUGUGCAAAUGGACCAAGCAAAAGAAAAUGGAAGGAGAUGUUUGCAGCCACAUGGGAGACCACAUUGCUGGCCCCAAGCACAACUCCAGCUCUGUGUAUGUGCAAAACCUUGGCACUUGGCUACUGCUUAGAGUUCAAUCCAUUCUUUAUAGCAUGUGACUGAGUAAGGUCCGGGGAUGAUGAGUCUUUUGGACCCAGGAGAGAAUCUCAACAGAGGGAUUUGUGCUUGGGAGUAGAAGUAGGCAUUCCUCCACAGAGAGUGGCAUUGCCUUUAUUUUUCAUUUGGCAGAGACCAAGAAUUGGGGGGUAGGGGUUGAUUUCCAGUCUUUGAUGUCGCCUGGGAUGUCCUCUGCAGGCAGGUGGUGCUGAGACCACAGCAUCGUGUUCCAGUGCAGUGUAGGUGCAUUGCCAUUCAGACUCAGUUCUGGGGUGGUUUUGCAUAAAGCUUUGCCAAUGUGUUCUUUCUUUCUGUAUGUAUUAUUGCCUUUUUAUAAAAGGUUUUGAAGUAUUGUCUCAGUGAUAAAAAGAGAGAGAUGUUAAUGGUUGUUGUAUAUUUCACCGUAUCCGAUUGUAAGUAUUCGCAGGGUACAGCAAAGCCUUAGCUUGCAAGAGGAGCUGAAGGGGUUGGAAAGGUUCGGAUUCUUUGUAAAUGUCCUGCUUUUCUUUCUCUCUGUGUGUAUCUAUUUACAUGCCUUAGCACAUGCCCUCCCAUCCCAACCCCUUUGCCCUGUCACCUGAACAACCACAAGGGUGGUGGCAAGCCAGCACAGUACAAGUCGAAACCCUAAUCAGUUAUCUCGUGUGACAGGGGGAGAAGAGAAACUGCAUAGUAUUCUUUGUAGAAUAUACAUACCUGUAGGAUGCUGUGUAAUGGGAAACCAUAGACUUGGGCUUUUGUCAUUUCAAAGUUGGAGAAAUGUAUGAAUAAAAUGUAUAAAACAUGAAAA